AUGCGUAAAUGUAUGCUGUUAUUCUCCUUGAGUUCGAGACUUUUAUUUCGAACCACACCGGUAAGGAGCGUAUUCUCAACCUUUGUAAGAAAGAGUUCCAUUCUAGGCAACCUUUUGCCAGCUUGCUCAACUUGUGGGAUCAACCUUCAAAAUGUAGACAAGAAUAGGCCCGGAUAUUACUAUAUUGCAGAAUCCAAUGAAAAACCGAUAAAAGAAGCCGAUAAAAACUUUGCCAACAUAUACAAAAAUUUAGACCAAGAAGAUAAAUUACUCUUGUUGAAUGAUUCCCAAAGUUCAAUCGUCCCAGAUCAAACCUUCAGGCGUGCUGCAUCCCACAAUCAUGAUGAUCCCAACCACAUUUCCUGUCUAAGAUGUAGAGACGCUUUGUUUAGACUGAAGUUCAAUCCUGAUGAAUUUCCUGUAGAAUCUGCGGAAUCAAUAUUAUCACAGGUUGAUCCACUAGGAAAUAUUGUGCAUCUAGUCAGUGCUUUCGAUUUCCCACUCACCUUAAAUCCAGCCCUUUUCAAGUUUAAAGAGACCAGGGAUAUUAAAGUUAUUAUUACAAAGGCAGAUUUACUAUUUGCUCACUCUAAAACUGCAAAUAACUAUGGAUUAAAGUUUUACAGAGACUACUUGUUCAGAAAGUAUGGUAUAUUACCCGAGAAUGUCUUAUUGAGUAGUGGUAAAGUUGAUUGGAACAUCAAGGAAUUACUUGAUAGUUUGCUGGAUAAUUCUUAUUUCAUUGGAGAUGUAAAUGUAGGUAAAUCAUCGUUGAUUAAAUCACUCUUGUAUGGAGACGAGAAGUUUCAUUUGAAGAAACAAAAACACCAGCAGCUAAUGAGCAAGAAAGAGAAAGUGAAAUUGGAAAAAGAGGAAGAUUAUCUUAUAAACAAUGCAGACUUGAGUUAUUCGAAAACAACCUUCAAAACAAAGAAGUUAGAAAGGAGUAGAGAGCAAAAUUUUAAGGCUAAACAUGGACCGGGUGUUUCUUACAUGCCUGCAUUUACUAGAGGUGUAAUCAAGUUUGACUUGAAGAAUUUUGGAAAGUCAAUAUACGACGUUCCUGGGAUCGGACUGGAAGACCACGGAAUUUAUCGCUGGAUAAAGGAACCUAGUGCUAUCAAGCAGUUAGGAAAGGGAACCAGCAUUCCUCGAACUGGGAACUAUGACUCGCAUUACACGACAGUCAAAGGUGGGCAGAUUUACACAGUUGGAGGAAUAUUCUGCUUGAGAAUCCCCCCCGAACUGAUGGUACAAGUCAGGAAUUGUAUAAACUUUGAGGAUGUUAUAUUCAAAAACAUAGAAAAAGCAAAGCAAGUUAUUCGAGAGCAGAGUGGGAAUAGUGCAAUUGAUAAUAAACUCUUAGUAUCACCUGAAACCGCAGACAACUUUAUCAAAUAUGUAUUUCCUCCUUUCUAUGGGAAUAUAGACCUAGUCAUCAAGGGAAUUGGACAUAUCAACAUCAAGCCAGUUGGGAAAUAUGUUACUGACGUUGACCCAUUUGUCGUAUAUCUACCCAAGGGUGCCGAGGUAGUUAUAAGGAAACCGAUAAUGAAAUACAUAUCAAAAACCAUUGUUGGAAGAGACAAGAAGGGAAAUCCGCUUUCCAAGAAGCAUCGGGUAAGCAAGGGGGUUAAGGAAGUACAUCCAUACACUGGGGAAGUAUUCUACAGUAGACUAGUUCCUGUGAAAGAAGAGGUAGAGAAUUUGAACCAGUAUGUUAGAGCCUAUUGUGAAAAUAUGAAUGGGAGAAAGGUUGGCGAUGAAAUAGACGAAGAGAGUAUACUGAAGGAAUAUUGGAUAGAGGCCUAG